UCUGUGAACACGAAGUUUCCCUUUGAUACAAUUUGUGGAAAAAACCGAGAUUGCCAAAUGAAUUUGAAGUUAGUUAGAGAUCAAAACAAUUGUGUUGAUGGGUUUGUUGAAAUGGAAGGCGAAGCGUCUUGUAGCUCAAUAUCGGGUGCUAGGAAGUUGCAAAAUGUGGUUGAGAGGGCCGUGAUUUUGACGAAUGAAUCGGUUAGGGUGUUUGAUGUAGUGAAUUCAUCAGUUCAUGUCAAGAAGGGAAGGUUUAAUCUCAAGGGUAAGGGGAUUGUAAAUCAGAGGCCAAGGAAUGGUCUUAGGCGACAUCUGAAAGGUCUUGCUGAUUAUGCAAAAGUUUCGCCUGUGUCGUUUGAUCCUUCAUAUGCAGAUGAUUGGUCACGUUCUAGCGUCAAUCGUAAAGGGAAUAAUGAGAUUGAAUGCAGUUCACUGCCUGUCAAUUCUGGAGCUGAUGCUAAUCACUGUAAUUAUGAUGAGGACGCUCUAGUUGUUAAGAAUUUUGGGGAUAGAGCUUCACAUGGCUUUCAGUUGGAUGAAACUCUUCAUGAAAAGAAACUCACUGAGAGAAGUGAAUCAUUCUAUGAAGAGGCAAAGAGUAAUGUGCAGAAGGAACUGGGUUAUGAGGGUAAUGAGAAAAAUGCAAUCAGAAUCUUGGAACAGGCACUUGAAGAAGAGCAUGCUGCUCAUGCUGCUCUUUACCUUGAGCUUGAGAAGGAGAGAAGUGCUGCUGCUACAGCUGCAGUUGAGGUCAUGGCUAUGAUACUGCGUCUACAAGACGAGAAGGCAUCCAUAGAAAUGGAGGCUUGGCAAUACCAGAGGAUAAUAGAAGAAAAAUCUGCUUAUGAUGCUGAAGAAAUGAACAUCCUUAAAGAAAUUCUUGUGAGGAGACAGAAAGAGAAGCAUUUCUUGGAAAGGGAAGUUGAAGCUUACAGGUGGAUGAUUCAUAUUGGAAAUUAAUAGUUACAAGAUGACAUUCAGUAUAUGGUGAACACACAGAGAGAACAGGCUUAUGCUCCAACGGCUUAGUUAAUCCAUUGACAAGAAGGAAAUUGUACAGGAUAAAAGUUCAGUUAAUGAGGUAUUGUCUAUUGAUAAGCAAAACUGUACACCCUUGCUCUUGGAGAGGAAUUAUGAAUUUCCGGAUGGGAUGAAGAAGCUAAUUUUCAAGCAAGGAGAUGUAGAGAAAUCUAUAGUUUCUGAUCCGCAGAAAAAUUUGAUGUCAGCAAUUGACAAUGAAAGAUUGAAAAUUGACAUGGAAGUUGAGUGAAUCGGAGAGAGGAUAAGCAAAGUUCAGUUAAUGAGGACAGAAGCUCAACUUCUCUGUGGACUAUCGGGAAAGGGAAAAUUUUCAACUGCAACUUGUAGAAGAUAUAGCAUAACAACUUCGAGAGAUUUGACAGCUAACAGACCCUAGAAAGGCCUUGUGUGAAGCUUCUUUGCCCCUGCCAUCCUCUAAGGGUUAGUCAUCUGGGUGGGCUCAACGUAUUGGUUGUCUUCAGACAUUCGUGUCAUCCAUAGAUCUGCUGCAUUCAUUUUAACAGGAAUGUGGGAUCCUCUCUAACAAAAGACAUCAUCAUCGAAGUCCUCUGCAGUAUGCAGUUCACUGGAUCGUAUUCUUGGGAUCCUAGAAUUGCUGCAACAAGUGGACAAGAGGUAUGCAGUUUCUAGUUUUCUCUCAUUAGUGUUGUAAAUCCCUUCUACACAGUACCAACGCAGGGAUACCACUUGACAAAUAGGUCUUCUGGAUGGCACCGGUUCAAUUUUUUGUAUGAAGUUCGUAAAAAGGCAGUGUGUUAUGACCAGAGAGUAUUUAUUAUUUAUUCAUUAUAAUUUCUUAAAUUUCAUUACACACACAUCGAAUAAAAUCAUAUCAAUAUUAUCAGAAAUGUUAUACAACAGCAGUUUAUGUUUGAAUCAUUUGGUACUUUCCCCGUCAGUUCUAGGUCUGUCUGUAAUCACAUAUGUGGCAUGAUAUUUAGAAACAUGAAAGUAAAAUAUUGCUUUGAUUUUUGCAUUUGGGUGCUGGUUGUAUGUUCUCGAGUAUGUAAAAACAUUAUGCAUUUUUGGUGUAGCAAUGCAAAUAAAAUCCAACAUUUGAUGGUUGAUAUACAUGGUUAGAAUUAGAAUCACUCCAGGAAAAGUUGUCAAUACUUUAAAGAAAGAAAGACUCUAAUAUUAGCGAUUACUCUUUUUCUUUCCCUCUCAACACCAAAUUUAUUUGCAGUUAUGCUUGAUAAUUUUGGAUAAACCGAUGCAUUUGUCAGCGGAGUUAGGUAAACAUAGUGGUGUAAAAAUGGCCUGGCCUGGCCCGUCCUAGGCCCGCUUGGCUCUCGCAAAAAAUUGGACCAGGCCGGGGUGGCCUAAUUCCAAAAAAUAUAGGCCCAGACCCAUGGGUAAUUGGGUUUUGGGCCUCAGGACUAACUUUUUUUUAAAAAAAAUUUCACCAAAAUUGCUUGCAAGUGAUGUUGGGCAUCGGAGUGGGUCUAGACCAGGCUCAUCGGGUUGGGCCUCAGGCAGGCUUCAGGCUGGCGGGCCAUUUUUAUACUCCUAGGGAAACCUAGGUGAAUAGUUGUAAGUCCUUUUGUCUAAGUCCUGUAUUAUUGAAUUUUCUUAGUAGAUUUUUGUUGGGUGUUGAGACUCUGAUUUUUACCC